AUGUUGUAUUCUGAUAGCAGCUCUGUGGUGAGUGUCUUUGAGGAAACUUCUUCGGAUGCUUCUGAUGAGGAUGAAUCCCAAAAUGUGGUGGAGGAUAUGAUGGAUCGAAUGGGAGAUGAUAUCUUUGCCGCGGAACAGGCAUUUUUUUUCUUCUUUGAAGAUCCAUCCGGUCCCUUUCAGCGAGUUUUCUCAGAUCAGUACUGUGUGAACCCUGAAGUAGAGAUUGAUCUCUCAGCCGUAUUAGAAGAAGAAGAAGAAAUGGAAUAUAAAAAUGAUGAGGAAGAAGAAAAAACGACUAACCUUGAUGAUAAUAAAGAGAGUAAAACUGUAACGAAUACGAAUCUUGUUCAAGAUGUGGAACUCUCAACAAAAAAUAAUAAAACAACCACAGAGAUGUUGCCUUCCUUAGAUGGGGAUACAGUUGUGUUAAAACCAUCUGUUGCAACUAGAUUUCUUGAUAAAUAUCCUAAUGAUUCUAUACUUAUUCCAGUUGAUCUAUUAAUAAAUCGUAAAGAAUUACGAGAACAACAUAUAGAUCAAUUUCCUGAAAUUGAUUUUAUCGUGGGUUACAUAGAUAGCGAACCCACAGGUUGGGCAUUAUUGCUUUCCUGUGAUCCAGAUAUGGUUUCAUAUAUAAAAAAAAAGUAUCCUUCUUAUCGUAUCGCAACAGAGGAAGAUCGGGUAAUGUUUUCAAAACCGAAACGUUCAGGGAAAAGUGGCGGUGGCGGCUCAAAUCCUUUUUCAAUACCUCCAAAACCACCAUCCAUAACUCGACAAUUGACGAAGAGAAUGCAUGAUGUUCAGUUACUUGCAAAUUACAUUGAAAGUAUGGGAGGAUUGGAUAAAGUUAUUUUUAUUGCUUUGGAUGUAGAGGCUGCAGUUGUUCUACGCGGUGCAGUUCCACUUCCACUUGAAAUUGCAUUGGUUCCUCUUAAAAUAUCAGAGAAAUGGAAACCAUUUCAUGCUUUUAUUCACCCUGGUGAAGUAAAAGAUGUUGUAACGGCGUGUAGGUUAAGUUGUGGUAUUGAAAAGGGAAAUCACUGUAUCCCAUUUCGUAAUGCCGUUUUUCUUCGUAAUGAUUACACGGCUUUAGCGAGAGAGAUUGAAUGGUACUUAAAAGCUGAAAAUGUCGUGUUUGUAAACAAAGGAAGUUGUAUGGAUCUUAAUGCUAUAAGAUGGAUUUUUGGGGCGGCACGUUUGGCAGAAGGAAGUGAUAUUCGUAUACCAGAUAAAGAAGAAAUUCAUUGUUUUGAUAUUGAGGCUGUAAAAAAGGUGCUACAUCUCUAUAGGAGUGAAGAAAAGGUGGAGGAAGAUAUUAUUUCUUCUUCUCUUUCUUCUUCUCUUCUUUCUACCGUUGAUAUUUCAUCAACAACCACUUGUUGGUACCACAGUAAACUUGGGGAAGUGUUAAGUGGUGGGGAAAUGGAAUCAUACCAUAUACAUUGUGCACUUCAAGAUGCCGAGAAUCUCUGCAAGAUGUUGCGAUCCCUUAUUUUAACUGCUGGGUAUAAUGAAAUUGAGUCUUCCUAG